AUGCCCGCUCCGGAGUACACCAAUCGCCACGCCCUGCUACAGCUGAUGAUUGAUGUGCCCAUUCUCCUGGGAGCAAGUGCCACCACUGCAAAGGCUGACAUGGAAGCCGUGAUGGAGUUUGAGACCAAGUUGGCUGAGUUCACAAUACCCCAGAGGAACAGGACGAGUGAAGCCAUUCACACCAAGCUCAGCAUAUUGGAUUUACAAAGCACCAUUCCACAGUUUGACUGGCUUCGCUACAUCAGAACAGUGAUUGAUUUUGAAGAGCAUCCUCACCUCUUGCACAUGAAUAUGUCAGAAGAGGUCAUUGUGGAUUCCAUGCAGUACUUCAAGGACUUGUUCCGGUUGCUAGAAACUGUGGAGAGCCGAACUGUGGCCAACUAUAUUGUAUGGAGAGUCGUGUAUAGUAGAUUGGGGAACCUCAGCCAUCGAUUCUUCAACAGGUUCAGUGAAUAUAUUAAGGUGAUUACAGGAAUGAAGUCAUUGUCUCCACGAUGGGACACAUGUACGUCCUUUGUUGAGGCUGUCAUGCCGUAUGUUGUGGGAAGGAUGUUUGUGAAAGCUCAUUUUCAGGAGAACAAGAAGAAGCUGACUGAAGAUUUAGUUGCUGGUAUUCGUUGGGCGUUUUUGGACAUAGUGGAUAAGGAAAAUGACUGGAUGGAUGCAGAAACCAAAGACAAAGCAAAAGAAAAGGCUAAGGCUAUUCUCGCCAAGAUUGGAUAUCCCAACUUCAUUCUGAACGACGAUGCAAUUAAUAACAAGUACAGAAAUGUGACUAUUUCAGCAACGGACUACUUUGGAAACUUGCUGAGUUUUCUUAGGUUUUAUGCCCAGCUGGAUUUCCGAGAUCUCAGGCGCCGUAGGCCGAAGACAGAAUGGUUCGCCCAUCCCACCACAGUAAACGCCUUCUAUGCAUGGUCAAGAAACCAGAUACAGUUUCCAGCUGGUGAGCUUCAAAAACCAUUUUUCUGGGGAGAAGAGUAUCCUUUGUCUAUCAGUUAUGGAGCAAUCGGUACCAUUAUCGGACAUGAGUUUUCACAUGCCUUUGAUAGCCGUGGUAGGAAAUAUGACAUAGAUGGAAAUUUGCAUCAGUGGUGGAGUAAUGACUCGAUUUCAAACUUUGAAGCCAAAGCCAACUGUAUGGUGAAGCAGUACAGUAACUACUACUGGACUCCGGCAGGUCUGAAGGUAAAUGGUCAACAAACACUAGCAGAGAACAUCGCUGACAAUGCUGCUGUCCGCCUGGCUUUCAAGGCCUAUCGGAAGUGGGUACGAGAGGAGAAAGGAGGCAGAGAAGAGGCACUUCUCCCUGGCCCCAAACUGAACCAUAAUCAGCUCUUCUUUUUAAGUCAUGCUCAGGUCAGAUGCAGUAAUCAUAAUCCAGAGGCUGGUAGGAAUAGGAUUCUGACUGGUGUACAUAGUCCUCCUGAAAUCAGAGUUAUUGGUGCAAUCGCUAAUUUUGAAGAAUUCAGCAAGGCUUACAAUUGCCCUAGUACAUCACCGAUGAACAGAGAUGCUAACUCCUGCCGAGUGUGGUAG